CCCUCACUUCCCAAGCUCUCACGUUUCACUUACAAACAACUAUCUGUACACGCUUUCUUACAUAGUUCACUCUCUCCGAGGCUCACUUCCCUCUGUCUCUCUCUCUCUCUCUCCACAAUGUCUCUCUCUGUCUCUCUCACCUCACUGCCACCAAAGCCACCGCUCUUCCUCCCUCUCCUCCUCCUCCUCCUCCUCCUCCUCACCACCACAGCUGAAGCUGCCACUGUCACCGCCAAUGCCACUCUACCACCCUCUCCCUCCCCUACGGCCUCCCCUACUCCACCCACCACCAAAACUCCCUCUCCUUCCAUUCACUCCACUUUGGACCCCAAACAACUCAGAGCCCUCCAAUCUUUAGACAUCCCAACAGCUAAAGACCCUUGCUCGCAACCCUCUCCUCACAACGCCACCAUUUGUGACUCUUCAUCCCCAUUCCGCCACCUAGUCUCACUUCACCUCUCCAACUGCUCCUCUGACCUCUCUCUCUCUUACACUGCCCUCAAAUCCCUCUCUACUCUACAAUCUCUCUCUUUCACCAAUUGUCCUGUUACUCCUAUUAGAUUCCCUCUAGAUCUUGCUCUCUCCCUCCGUUCUUUCACUUGCAUUCACUCUCUUAAACACCUCACUGGUGUUGGGCUCGCUCACUUUGUCAAUCUCACUGAUCUCACUGUAAGUAAUGUGCCAGUCAAUACUAGUGGUCUUUAUGUGGUUCUUGGUAAUAUGCAUAAGCUUAGGUCCGUUACUAUCUCCAAUGCUAAUGUCACCGGCUACAUACCAAAACAUCUGCUUUUCAAUCUUACCCACAUUGAUUUUUCAGGUAAUGGGCUUAAAGGAAGGAUACCCAGUUCCAUUACACUUCUUGAAAAUCUUGAAAGUCUCAAUCUUUCCUCUAAUGCACUUACUGGGGGAAUCCCCAGUAAUUUUGGUGACUUGAUUUCACUAAAGAAUGUAUCUUUAGGGUCCAAUUCCUUAUCUGGGGCGAUCCCGGAUUCAAUAUCAGCAAUACCUGAUUUAGCUCAUGUUGAUCUGAGUUCAAAUCAGUUGAAUGGGACAAUACCAAAGUUUUUUGCAGAAAUGAAGAAUUUGAGGUACUUGAAUCUUGGGAACAAUGAGUUUCAUGGUGUUUUGCCUUUCAAUCUUACUUUUAUGAAGAGAUUGGCUGUGUUCAAGGUUGGUGGAAAUAGCAAUUUGUGUUACAAUCAUACGAUUUUGUCUUCAAAAUUGAAGCUUGGAAUUGCUCCUUGUGAUAAGCAUGGAUUGCCAUUGUCACCACCUCCUGCAAAGGAUGAUUCAUCAGGAGAUGAUAGUGGGAGUGAUUCAUCAGAUUAUGAUGAUGAAAGUGAUGAUUCCAGCAGCAAGAAAGAGGGUCACCAUGGACCUAAUAAGGUUGUUCUUGGUGUGGCAAUUGCGCUAUCAUCCAUAGUUUUCCUAAUAGUAUUCCUUAUUCUUCUCAAAAGGUGUGGUUAAUUAGAAGGUAAUGUUGUUUGUUUAGAAUUUAGAGUAGAGAAAUGCUGAUUACUAGAAAUCAUUUCGAUUGUUUAAUUGGUUAUACACUUGAGCAUGAAGAAGAGUAGCUGUAAAGGCGAAAAAAGUGAAAAGGAGAGGGUGAAAUCAUUAUUUGGGGGGGUUAUUCUUCGCUGCUUUGAUCAUUGGAUGGAGAAAAGAGCAGUGAUUUCUAUUUUUUAUUUACUCUGAAUUUAGCCUUGUGGAUGAAUUAUUUCCAUUCUGUAGAGGGGAAAAAGUGGUCCAUUCUAAUGUUGUAUCAUGAACCCAAGAAUUAUUUUUUUCCCACUUUCGUUAAUUCGGCGCAUGUUUGAUCC